AUGGAGCGACUGCAGCUGGUGACGUCACAGCGGACGUCGCGGCCGCGGUACGCUAUCCGUCGGGGUGACGUCACGCCCUCACUUGCGCCUCGUUUAAAAGGCAGAAGAGAAAAGUAUAAUUUUAUAGCCGACGUUGUUGCUGUUUCGGCGCCUUCUGUUGUGUAUAUAGAUAUCAAAGAUGGGAGAAGACUCGAUUUGUACACUGGCGAGCCCCUUACGCUAUCCAACGGCUCUGGUUUCGUAGUAAAGGAGGAUGGAUUAAUUUUAACAAACGCUCACGUAGUUGUUAAUAAGCCCAACGCUAAAGUUGAAGUAAAGUUAAUAGACGGCUCUACACAUGAGGGAGUGGUUGAAGAUGUGGAUCUCAAAUCGGAUUUGGCAACACUCCGAAUUCCCGUUAAAAACCUGCCUACAAUGAAACUUGGAUCAUCGGCAGACAUCAGGCCAGGGGAAUGGGUGGUGGCUAUGGGCAGCCCACUUGCUUUAAGCAAUACGGUGACGGCGGGUGUUAUAAGCUCAACUCAAAGGGGCAGCGAAGAGCUGGGCUUGAGAGGCAAAGACAUGGUGUACAUACAGACGGACGCCCCCAUCACGUUCGGCAACAGCGGCGGGCCCCUGGUGAACCUGGACGGGGAGGCGAUCGGCGUGAACAGCAUGAAGGUCAUGUCCGGGAUAUCCUUCGCGAUCCCCAUCGACUACGUGAAGGACUUCCUGUCCAAGAGUAAGCCGAAGCCGCCACCGGUUUCGAAGCGAUACCUCGGCAUAACAAUGCUGUCUCUAACACCCAACAUACUGAUGGAACUGCGAGUGAGAAAUCCAGAGUUGCCGACCGACAUCAAACACGGAAUCCUGGUCUGGAAGGUCAUCAUAGGUUCACCGGCCUACAAUGGCGGCUUACAACCCGGAGAUAUCGUCACCACCAUCAACGGGAAACCGGUGUAUAGCGCUGGCGACAUCUACACCCUUCUGGAAGGUUCCACCGGCCCCCUGCAGAUGGCGGUGGUGCGAGGCCAACAGCGGCUGGUCCUGGCCAUCAUUCCUGAGCGCAAGGUAGGAAAGCAUGAUUUAAUC